AUGUCUGCAUUUGGCAUAGACUUCCCCACGGAGGAUAUGCCACCGAACGCCAUCGCCGUUGUUGGCGUAGGGUGCAAAUUUCCUGGCGCCGACUCAGUUGAGGAUUUCUGGCGCAUGCUAGACGCGGGAGAGUCCAAGCUAAGCGAGCCACCUAGCGGACGCUUCCCUGCCCACGAGCACCAACGCGACACGGACAAGACGGUAUACUUCGGGAAUUACCUUGACGACAUUGCUAGCUUCGACCACCGUUUCUUCAAGAAGUCAGGCCGCGAAGCAGCAUCUUUAGACCCUCAGCAGCGACUCCUGUUAGAGGUAUCCUACCAAGCUCUUGAAUCAGCCGGUUUCUUCGGUCCUCGCAAGCCCGACUUGGACGUCGGCUGUUUUAUCGGCGUAUGCGCGUCAGACUACAAUGACAAUGUAGCUAGCCAUCCAGCCAACGCCUUCUCUGCCCUGGGGACUCUGAGGGCGUUCGUCCCCGGCAGAAUCAGCCACUUCUUCGGAUUGUCUGGGCCCUCAAUUGCCCUGGACACGGCUUGUUCAUCAUCAGCAGUCGCCAUCGACGCCGCCUGCAAAGCAAUUCUGCACGGCGACUGCAAGAGCGCCAUCGCCGGCGGCGUCUCCAUUUUUACGAGCCCGUUCUUCUAUCAGAACCUGGCCGCCGCCUCGUUUCUUAGCUCCACUGGCGCGAGCAAGUCCUUCGACGCCAGCGCUGAUGGCUACUGUCGUGGCGAGGGAGUCGGCCUUGUCGUUUUGAAGCGACUUUCUGAUGCGGUUGCCGACGGCGAUAAUGUGUUGGGCACGAUACUCGCUACUGCUGUCAGGCAGAGCAGCAGCAAAGUUCCCAUCACGGUUCCUUACAGUCCGUCGCAGACGGAACUUUACCGGAAGCUUCUCACGACGGCUGAUAUCAAGGCCGAAGACGUUACUUACGUGGAAGCCCACGGUACGGGGACGCCCGUUGGCGAUCCCCUCGAGUUCGGUGCCAUCAAGGAGGUCUUUGCCAGCGGGGAGAGAGAGACCCCUCUCCAUUUUGCGUCCGUCAAAGGAAACAUAGGCCAUACCGAAGGGGCCUCUGGAGUUGCUGGUCUCAUCAAAACUCUUUUGAUGAUGCAGUAUCGCGCUAUUCCCAGACAGGCACAUUUUCAAUCUCCCCAUCCUAAGAUUAGCAUGGUUCCCGGGCGGAUGUCAAUCCCGACAGCAACUAUUCCUUGGACUGCCGACACACUCAUCGCUUGUGUGAACAACUACGGGGCAGCUGGUAGCAUCGCCGCCAUGCUUGUCAAAGAACCGCCUUCGAAGAGGAAGCUGGGAGGGAGUCACCGGGCUACCGCAUCAAAAAGUCUGGAUAAACUCCCCGUCAUCAUCACUGCCAACGGCGUCAAGAGCCUCGGCGAGAACUCCGCCAAGCUGCGAGACUACAUUUCCUUUCUCCGCAGGGGCUCGGCUUCAGAGGUCGAGAUACUAGCUGAUCUCGCUUCCAACUUGAGCCAGAGACAGAAUCGGACUCUACCAAACAUGCUUGCGACGACCGUCUCCAGCCUUUCAGAGUUGGAGAAUCACCUUCAAAUCGUGGCUUCAUACCCCGAGUCACCUGUCUGCCAGACCAACCCCAAGCCGAAUCCAGUGGUCCUCAUCUUCGGCGGUCAGACCUCCCGCUCUGUGGGUCUCAGCAAGCACGUCUAUGACAGUUCGGCGCUGCUUCGCAAGUAUCUUGACGAGUGCAACGACAUAGUCCAGGGCUUUGGGCACCCAGGGAUCUAUCCUCGCAUCUUUGCAAUCCAGCCGGUGGACGACGUGGUUUCGCUUCAGACGAUGCAGUUCGCCCUUCACUAUGCCUGCGCUCAGUCGUGGAUCGCUUGUGGCCUGCGGAUUGACUGCGUUCUGGGCCAUUCCUUCGGUCAGCUCGUUGCCAUGGUUAUUGCUGGCAUUUUGUCGCUUGAGGACGGUCUCAGGUUGGUAUACGGGCGGGCCGUUCUGAUGCACCAGAAAUGGGGCUCGGAAAGGGGCUCUAUGAUUGCUCUCGAGGCCGACUAUGAGACCACAAAGAAGCUCAUCUCAACAGUGCAGAGGCUAGACGUCUCUUCUGACUUCCGCCUCGAGGUAGCUUGCUUUAACGGGCCCUCAAGUCAUGUUCUCGUGGGUUCUUCUGCUGCAGUCAAUGCUGCCCACGAUGAAUUCCUGCGUAGAAGUCCGAAGGGCAGAGCCAAGGUCUUGAACGUAACGCAUGGCUUCCACUCGAGAUUCAGCGACCCGAUCCUUGCCGACUUGGAGAAGCUCGUCGAGGGAUUAUCUUUCAACAAGCCUAAGGUCUACUUUGAGACCUGCUCGAUGGGAGAGACGUGGUGCAGCGCCACGGCCAAGCAAGUCGCAGAUCACACUCGCUCGCCCGUCUACUUCGAAGCUGCCGUGAAACGUAUUGAGGCCCGGUUCGGCGCAUGCACAUGGCUAGAAGCUGGGUCUAACUCGGCGGUCACCAGCAUCGCUAAACGCGCUCUUUCCAGCAGCAACAGCGAUGAUCACCUAUUCUGUCCCGUUAACUUGACUCGGGAUGAUGCGAUGAGUUCAUUAGCAGACACGACCGUCAAUCUCUGGAAGCACGGCCACCACGUCCAAUUCUGGCUUUUCCACCAGAUCCACAAGCAAAGCUAUCAAGGCCUGAAUCUUCCCCCCUACCAAUUCGAGAAGACGCGGCACUGGCUGGACUUCGACCUUCAGGCAGGGAUCUCGUCUGAGCUGUCUAAAGUGCCGGCAGAAGCGUCUGAGUCUCUUAUCGUCGAGCAAGAGCCGAAGCCGGUGCUCAUCACCCUCUCCGGUUUCCAAGAUGGGGCAUCCCGUGGCUCCAGAAAGGCGAUUUUCAACAUCGAUCCUCGUUCUGAAUGUUGGAAGGUACUGGUCAGUGGCCAUGCCGUUCUGAAUCAGGCACUUUGCCCGGCUACUAUGUACAUCGAGCUGGUCAUGCAGGCCGCUAAGCAGCUCGCGGUCGUUGAGAACAUCGUUUGCACCCCUUUCGCACGUGUGGAUGAUUUGGAGAUCCCCUCGCCCCUCGGAAUGGGGCAGAACAGAAUCGUCCAACUUAUUCUGAGUCCAUCGGAUCAGGCAGGCUACAAAUUCGACUUUGCCUUCAUCUCACAAGAGCGUUCAGGUAGACAGAGUGCUCUACCAGCAUCGCAGGUCUCGACUACGCACGCAACCGGGAAGUGCGAGAUAGUACUAUCGAACGACACGAGCAUCACAACUGAGCUGGAACGGACCAGCAAGCUCCUGCAACGCAUGCAAAAGAACCAAGACAAGGGCCAGAUGUUCACCGAGAUGGCUAGCCAGCCCGGCGGCGAAGCUGUCCAAGGCAAGCUCGUGUACAAGGUAUUCUCUAGGGUGGUUCAAUACGGCGACAUUUACCAAGGCGUACGCAGAGUCGCAGGCAACAGCGACGGUACCGUCGUGGCUGACAUCGUCUUGCCCAAGCCACAGCCUGCCUGCACACAGGCUCUCGUCUCUACACCCGUCGCCAUCGAUAACUUCUUCCAGGUUCCCGGCCUAUACGCCAACUGCCUUGCCCCUUGUCCGCCAGAUGAUGUUCUUGUCUCUACACAUGUCGAUCGCGUCCAACUGUCGCCUGAUUUCGGCAAGGCACAGGCCGAUGGGAGCAGCCCUGGCUGGGAUGUCUUUGCUAUUUCCACCGCUACGAGCGACAGGGAGAGUAGCAAUGACAUCUUCGUCACAGACAAAGUCACCGGACGGCUCGUUUUCGUUGCUUUCGGGGCCAAGUUUAGCAGGGUGAGGAUGGCAUCCCUCGCCAAGAUUCUCUCUCGUGCGAACCCAUCAGAUAAAUCUGAAGCUGCAUCCUCCAAAACGACGCAACGGAACUCGGUUGCCACUAUCAAGCCCGCCACAAUCGAGGCAGCGCCAUUGAAGGCUCCAUCGCCAGCGUCAAUUUCUCUUCCGAGUAUCGCGGCUGCCGUCAAUAGCAUACUGCCAUCUUCACAGCCGGUUCGCCUUGCUGUAGCUCCGAGUGUAGCAGAUGAUCUGCGUGACUUGCUGAGCAAAAUGACAGACGUCCCAGCAGAUCAAUUUCACGACAACACCACACUUGAGGAGUUGGGCAUCGACUCUCUCAUGGCUACAGAGAUCGUGUCUGAAGUCAACGAGGUUUUCAAGAUCUCAAUCCCGCAGGACCAGCUUCAGGACAUGCAGACAUUCUCAGCUCUUUGCGCAUAUCUCGAUGGCCAUGGAGCUCAACAGGCAUCUCUGAGAUUUCAAGAUGUCCCUCGGGCUUCAAAAGAUCCCCUCCCAACUCGUUCCCAAGAGCAAGACGAGCGCGUCGAUUUGAUACCACGACUGGCAGAACUACUAGGAAGCCAUCUUGAGUGCCCGGCCACCGAUUUCGAUCGCUCGACGAAUCUCAUCGAUCGCGGUCUGGAUUCUCUUCUCUGCAUGGAGCUUAUGAGCGACAUGGAGGAGAUGUUCGGAGUUUCCAUUGACGCAUCCUCAUUCACGGACACCUGCACCUUCGGAGACCUCAUCGACAUUCUCGUCGGCGCCGUCGGGCCUAUUGAAAAUGCAGGGACGAGGGCACCCAGUACGGCCAGGUCUUCUCCAACGCCAUCCUCCGGCUACUCGACAGACGGCACCGACUCUAGCAUCAUCAUCGACAACACCCACAUCCCACUCAAGUCAGAACAGCUACUAUCGCCUCUGACUAGCCCAGUCCUAGCUAGUGCAGCUCAGGAGUUCGAGGGCAUCAAAGGUGACUUUGACAAGUUUGCCGCCAUGUAUGGCUUCAGUGACUUCUAUACGAAGGUGGCCGGCAAGCAGGCGGACUUGGUUCUUGCCUACGUCGUAGAGGCCUUCUCGAACCUCGGCGUUGACCUCAAUACACUGAGGCCCGGCGAAAAAAUCCCCAAGCUCCCGGUGAUCCCCAGACAUGACCGCAUGCUCGGCGUUUUCCACGAAACUCUGCGACGCGGAAAGCUGGUCGACUACGAUGGCAGACAGUACGUCCGCUCGGAGACGAUCGUCGACACCACGCCCUCGAGUAGUCGCUUCAAAGACAUCCUAGCCGAGUUCCCCCAACAUGCCAAAGAGCACACGCUCCUGAAUAUCUGUGGGUCAAAGAUGGCUGCGAUCCUGAGUGGCAAGUUGGAUCCGCUAUCGAUCCUAUUCGGUACCAAGGCGAACCGUAGCGUGCUUGAUGACGUGUAUGCGACGGCUCCUAUGUUCAUCAUCAACUCCCAGCUACUCACAUCCUUCCUCGAGAAAGCGUUAUCCAACUCCACCCCUGGACCUGACAAGAAGUAUCGCAUCGUUGAACUGGGAGCGGGUACAGGCGCAACUACACGAUGGGUCGUCGAUAGACUUGUGGAGAAGGGGGUACCUAUCGAGUAUACCUUCACCGACAUCUCCUCUGCGCUGGUGUCUGGGGCCAAGCGUAAGUUUGCCGGAUUUGAGUGCAUGAAGUAUGGCACUAUCGACAUUGAGAAGCCGCCCGCGGCGGAGCAUCUUGGGCAGUACGACAUUGUGCUAGCCACUAACUGUAUCCAUGCCACGACCAACCUGCACAACUCUCUUACCAACAUCAACAAGCUGUUGCGGCCUCAUGGUUUCGUAUCGCUCGUUGAACUUACGACGCGAAACUACUGGCUGGACAUGGUGUUCGGUCUCCUUGACGGGUGGUGGCUGUACGACGACGGCCGCCCCUACGUGCUCGCGACCCCAGAGUUCUGGGACGACACAAUGAGACAAGUCGGGUUCCAACACGUCUCGUGGACCGGCGGCCACAAACGCGAGUCUGAGGUCUGCAGAGUAAUCACUGGCUUCAAGCAAUCUGUUCAGGAUGUAUCUUCAUACCGCAGCAUACCUCAGGAGAAGGCUUGCGGCGUUGAGACAGUCGUCUUCGCGCACACAGACAAGCAACUCCCACUCCGAGCAGACAUUCACUAUCCUUCACCGUCUCAGGCAUCAGCGCAGAGGAAUUGGGUCACGGGUUUGAUAGUCCAUGGUGGAGGGCAUGUAAUGCUGUCACGCCAGGACGUGCGCCCUCGCCAAAUUCAACUUCUUUUGGACAAUGGUGUCUUGCCCGUGAGCGUGGACUACAGACUUUGCCCAGAGACAACCAUUCUCAAAGGGCCGCUUAUUGAUGUUGCCACCGCAUAUGCUUGGGCAAGAAACACGCUGCCAGACUUGAAGCUGACUCGAACGAACACGAACAGCCUUCUUGAUCGCAACAGAGCUGUGGUCGUUGGCUGGUCAACUGGAGGCACCCUGGCCAUGUCCCUAGCCUGGACCUCCGUACCGCGUGGCAUCCCAGCUCCCGACGCGAUUCUUGUCUUCUACUGCCCGACUGAUUAUGAGGACGAGUUCUGGCGGAAGCCCAAUAUCCCAGACCACUCGAGUGGGUUCGCAAACGAGACCUACAAUGUCAUUGACGGAGUCUCUCCUGCCCCCAUCACCGCAUACAACGUGCCUCCAAAGAUGAUGGCAGCAGCCGGCUGGAUAGCACCAAAGGAUCCCCGCAGCCGCGUCGUGCUACACAUGAACUGGCACGGGCAGACAUUACCCGUUCUCUUCCGUGGCUUGCCGUCGGGUUCGGAUGUCCCAUCGCAUGCCGCAGCCGCAUUUAAUAAGCUUGAACAGCCCUCAUUGAAUGAGGUGGUACGCGCCAGUCCUUACGCCCAGAUUGUCAAGGGCAACUACAAGUCACCGACGCACGUUGUCUUCGGCACUGGAGAUGAUUUAAUUCCAUGGCAGCAGGCGCAGCGCACGGUGGAUGCGAUGCGAGAUGCGGGUAUUCAGUCGGGGCUUACUCUUGCCCCUGGUCAGCCUCAUCUGUUUGAUCUCUUCCGGGAUCCUGAUGGGAGUCGUUGGGGCUAUGUGAUGGAGGGAUACAAGUUUUUGCUUGAGAGAAUUGGGAGAGAUAUCAAAUAA